CAAAAUCAAAAGCAGCAAAAGCAGCAGCAGCAAAUUCGCAAUGCCAAGAGGUAGCUCUGGCUAGUUGGAGUUGCUACCGGAGCAGAAGCCGCCGGCCAUGGACCCCUACCGCUCAUCCUCCUCGUCGGCGAGCAGCCCCGCCUUGGGCCGCCGCUACUACCUGCCAAGGCCUGCCCGCCCCAUCUCCUUCGAAGACUCCCCCGACUGGGCUGACGACGUCGACUCCAUCCACCUCGCCACCGCCUCCGCCUCCGCCUCCCUCCACACCUCCCCGACGCCCUCCCUCCCCGACCCCCCCUCCUCCUCCUCCGCGGCCUGCCGAGACCGCAAGGUGGCCGGUGCCACCCUCGUCUGGAAGGACCUCAGCGUCUCUCGCACCCUCACCCUCAGGGACGACACCACCACCCGCCGCGUCCUCAAGAGCUCCACCGGCUACGCCCUGCCUGCUACCCUCACCGUCAUCAUGGGCCCCGCGCGCUCCGGUAAAUCCACCCUCCUCAGGGCAAUCGCCGGCAGGCUGCGCGCCGCCGAGAGGAUGUACGGCCAACUCUUCGUCAACGCUGCCAACCAACGCUUGCCAUAUGGAUCAUAUGGUUAUGUUGAUCGAGCCGAUGUGCUAAUCGAGUCUCUCACAGUACGGGAGAUGCUCUACUACUCAGCACACUUGCAGCUUCCGGGCCUAUUCUCUUCAAAGACCUCUGUAGUUGAAGAUGCUAUUGCAGCCAUGUCAUUAGGUGACUACGCUGACAAGCUCAUUGGUGGCCACUGUUUUAUGAAGCGGCUGCCAACUGGAGAAAGGAGGCGGCUCAGCAUUGCAAGAGAGCUAGUGAUGAGACCACAUGUUCUAUUUAUCGACGAGCCUCUGUAUCAUCUUGACAGUGUUUCUGCACUUCUACUGAUGGUAACAUUGAAGAAACUUGCAAGCACAGGAUGCACGGUCAUCUUCACAAUGUAUCAAAGCAGUACAGAAGUUUUUGGACUUUUUGAUCGAAUUUGCUUGCUUUCAGAUGGGAAUACACUCUUUUUUGGAGAAACGUUGGCGUGCCUACAGCACUUCUCAAAUGCUGGCUUUCCAUGUCCAAUCAUGCAAAGCCCAUCUGAUCACUUCUUGCGGGCCAUCAAUACUGAUUUCGACAGAAUCAUAGCCAUGUGCAAAAAUUUGCAGGAUGAUCAAGGGGACUUUUCAUCAGUGAGCAUGGACACAGCUGUGGCAAUCCGUACACUGGAAGCAACAUACAAAUCAUCAGCUGACUCUGUUGCUGUUGAAUCACUGGUUGCAAAAUUGACGGAGAAGGAAGGUCCUCUCUUGAAACGUAAGGCCAGAGCUAGUAAUACAACACGAAUAGGUGUUCUCACCUGGAGAUCGUUGCUAAUAAUGUCAAGAAAUUGGAAAUAUUUCUGGAGCAGAUUUGCCUUGUAUAUGCUUCUUACCCUCUCAGUCGGCACCAUAUUUAGCAACAUUGGUCAUUCAUUGUCAUCUGUAAUGGUUAGGGUUUCUGCAAUAUUUGUGUAUGUAUCAUUUGUCAUCCUUCUAAGUAUUUCUGGAGUACCUGCUCAUAUUGAUGAAAUCAAGAUAUAUUCCCAUGAGGAAGCGAAUCAACAUUCGGGGACAAUGGUUUUCCUACUAGGGCACUUUCUAUCCAGUAUUCCGUUUCUUUUUCUGAUCACCAUUUCGUCAUCGCUGGUUUUCUACUUCCUGAUAGGACUCAGGAAUGAGUUCAGUUUCUUUAUGUAUUUUGUGAUCACCAUGUUUAUGUGCCUGUUGGCAAAUGAAGCACUUAUGAUGAUUGUUGCUUACAUAUGGCUCGACACUUACAAGUGCACCUUAACUCUCAUUUGCUUAUACGUUAUUAUGAUGCUCGUGGGUGGAUACUUUCGAAUCCGAGGUGGUCUACCUUGCUCUGUGUGGAAAUAUCCUUUGUCGUAUGUUUCAUUCCAUGUGUAUGCAGUUCAGGGGUUGCUCGAGAACGAAUAUGUGGGCACAUCGUUUGCGGUUGGUGCGAUUAGGACGAUACCGGGUGUCCAAGCUGUUGGAGGGUCAUACGAGAUAUCCUCUUCAGUAAACGCAAAGUGGGUGAAUCUGCUGGUUUUGGUUGUGAUGGCGGUUGGAUACCGUGUUAUUCUGUACGUGUUGCUUCGUGUGAAUGUAAGGAAACACAUGAGGUUGGAUCGUUAGGUGGUGUCUCCGGAGCUGGACACCAGAAUCGUUACUGCAAAGUGAUUUACUUACUGUGCCAUAGCGACAGCCAAUGCGUGUAUCCAGUUCCCAUAUGUGGUUGACAUUGAUAUGUAGAAGUAGAGUAGUGGAAGUGGAGGCGAAAUGCACAUACUAUUUGCUAUGUUGUGUGCGUUUGUAUGUAUGCAUGACGGACAGACGAAUUGUUUGGUUUAAUUUGGAGAUUGUUUUGUUCGUA